AUGAGCCAGCUCCUGACCUCGCGUCAAGCAGAGGAACUGCACAAGUCCAUGGUCGCGUACUUGCUCUCGAUUGGCAUGACCGAAAGUGCGAAUACCUUGCGACGUGAAACGAACUUGGCCGACACCUUUGACGACGUUACCGCCAAAAAGUAUGAGACCCUGUUGGAGAAGAAAUGGACUUCAGUGGUCCGCCUACAGAAAAAGAUCAUGGAUCUCGAAGCCAAGAAUGUCGCCCUUCAACAAGAGAUAGAAACUGCUACACCCCUCUCCUCGAACCGAAAAAUCGACCCUCAGACGUGGUUACCUAGAGCCCCCGCCCGACACACCCUGCAAGGUCACCGGGAUCCUGUUACCGCCGUUGCAUUCCAUCCAAUCUUCUCCUCUCUCGCAUCCGCUUCAGAUGACUCUACGAUCAAGAUCUGGGACUGGGAGCUGGGGGAGCUCGAACGGACUCUAAAAGGUCACACGAAGGCAGUGCUGGAUGUCGACUUUGGCGGUCCAAGAGGAGGCACGCUUCUGGCCAGUUGCAGCAGCGACCUCACCAUCCGGUUGUGGGACCCCAGUGACGAAUACAAGAACAUCCGGACGCUACCGGGUCAUGACCAUUCCAUCUCUUCUAUUCGCUUUAUUCCUUCGGGUGCUGCUGGGGCUCCUCUAUCGGGGAACACAUUGGUAUCUGCAUCCAGAGAUAAAACACUUCGGAUAUGGGAUGUCACAACUGGAUACUGCCUGAAAACAUUAAAGGGACACACAGACUGGGUUCGGGCAGUUGUCCCCUCAAUCGACGGUAGAUGGCUACUAAGCGCAGGGAACGAUCAAAUACCACGGUUAUGGGAUGCAAGCUCGGGCGAGGUCAAGAUCACUUUCUUAGGCCACGAGCACGUGGUGGAGUGUGUCGCCUUUGCCCCAAGCUCGUCCUACGCCCAUCUCUCCAGUGUUGCAGGUUACAAGAAGCCGCCUCCAGCCAGCAGUAGCGGAGAGUUUCUCGCAACGGGAGGAAGAGACAAAGUCAUCAAAAUAUGGGACAAUCGGGGAACAUGCCACAAGACAUUGGUUGGACAUGAUAAUUGGGUACGGGGGCUGGUCUUCCACCCUGCUGGCCGGUAUCUGAUUUCGAUAUCUGACGACAAAACCAUCCGUUGUUGGGAUCUGUCACAGGAGUGUAAAUGUGUCAAGGUUCUAGAUGAUGCUCACCAGCAUUUCAUCACCAGCAUCCGGUGGGCCCCCGAUAUUCCAGUCCAACCAAGCAUGAAUGGAGAGGCCAAUGGCGUAGGCAAUGCUGUCAAGAAGGAAGACAGUGGCGGAGGAGGCAAGGUUCGCUGUGUUAUCGCCACGGCCUGCGUUGACUGCAACGUUCGAGUCUUCGCUGGGUGA